AAAUUAUUUAACUUGAAGUUGACAUCUGCAUUUUCUAGGCCAAGGCUAUUCCUGUCAAAAACUUGUCGUGAUCCUUAAGGGCUAUUCGUCAUUAAUAUAAGGUUGCUCACUGGGAUAUUAGUACACUUUUCUAGGAUAGGCCUAUAAAUCCAAGCAGGAUUUACUGGUAUUUUAUUGAUUUAAUAAAAAAAAAUGGAAGAAGACACUGAAUACUUGAAGUUGAAUAUAGAAGACAGAUGUGUACACAAGGCGUGGAAAGCCAGAGUCAAUGGUUACGAAGAGGCGAAAAAACUUUUUAACCAAAUAGCGGAUGAAAAAUCACCAGAAUGGAACAAGUUCUUAGGUCUGUUAAAGAAGAUGGUUGUCGACAGCAAUGCUCUCGCUCAAGAAAAGGGUUUGGAAGCUGUUCUAGCCUAUGUUGAAAACAGUGCUGUGGCGGGAAAGACUGUAGGAGAUGUAAUGUCUGGGCUAGUGGCUAAAUGCAUCGGAGCUCCUAAAGCCAAGACCAAGGAACUGGCUGGACAAAUAGCACUCAUGUACGUAGAGAUCGAGAAGCAUGAAGUAGUUCUGGAAGAACUGCUCAAGGGAACGGAACAGAAGAAUCCGAAAAUUGUCACAGGCUGCAUUAGCAUUAUCAUCCAAGGUCUGAAGGAAUUUGGAAUAAAAGUUAUCACCAUCAAACCGAUUUUGAAACGUUUGCCCCAGUUGAUUGAAGACAGGGACAAAACAGUACGAGAAGAAACCAAAGCGCUCGUUGUGGAAAUGUAUCGAUGGAUCGGAGCCGCUCUGAAUCCUCAGCUUACGUUCCUCAAACCCAUCCAGAUGACGGAACUUAAGCCUGAUUUCGACAAAGUGAGCGGACAAAAGGCAGCGCCAACUAGAUAUCUUCGCUCGCAACAAGCCAAACAAUCUAAGAUUGCGGCUGAGACAGCUGAAGCUGAUGACGGAGAAGAAGGAGACGAGUGUGAUGACGGAGGCGCUGGCGAUGUAGACCCUUACGAGCUCAUGAUAGCCGUGGACAUUCUCUCCCGACUGCCGAAAGAUUUCUACGAGAAAGUGGAGGCCAAGAAGUGGCAGGAACGGAAGGAAGCGGUGGAUGCCUUGGACCAGCUGUUACAAGGAGGCCCCAAACUGGAGAACGGCGACUACGGCGAGCUAGUACGAACUUUGAAAAAGAUGAUAACGAAGGACAGUAACGUGGUUAUAGUCGCUUUAGCUACCAAGUGUUUGGCCACCAUUGCCACAGGGCUGAAAAAGAGGUUUCAACCUUACGCAGUCGCCUGCAUCUCCGGACUGUUGGAGAAGUUCAAAGAGAAGAAGCAGAACGUGGUCGUUGCUUUGAGAGAAGCAGUUGACGCGAUCUAUGUCAGCACCACACUUGAAGCCAUUCAAGAUGAUGUGUUGGCAGCUCUGGAGAAUAAGAACCCUUCGGUGAAGGCGGAGACAGCGGUUUUCCUGGCCCGCUGCUUCACAAAGUGCACCCCUGUGGUUCUCAACAAGAAACUCCUUAAAGCUUUCAGCGCUGUUCUGCUCAAGACUCUUAACGAAUCUGAUCCAACAGUUCGAGAUGCUUCUGCAGAAGCGCUAGGAACGGCAAUGAAAGUCGUCGGAGAGAAAGGAAUUGCACCGUUCUUGACUGAUGUAGACAACUUAAAAAUGACAAAGAUCAAGGAGGCCUGUGACAAAGCGGAGCUGCAGGUGAAGCAGCCUAAGGUAGUAGCUAAGAAGCCGGUGCCCGCUGCUGCCCCCGCUAAGACUGCUGGCUUUACGGCUCCUAAGCCUGUUAAGCGACCAGCAGGCUCCACUACAAAGAAGCCGUCUGGAUCUGCCGGCACUAAGAAGGCUGCUCCCAGCGCCGCUCAAAGUGCCAAGAGUAAGCCUGUGGCUGAACGAGAGUUGACUCCCGAGGAGGUGGAUGAGAAGGCCGAGGGUAUCUUCCCUCCAGAGCUACUAACUGGUCUGGCCGACUCCAACUGGAAAACUAGGAUGGCUGCGGUGGAACAGUUCAACCAGUUGUUACCUGCACUGGAUCCUGCAGAAGCUACGGCUCAACUUCUGCUGCGACUCAUCAACAGGAAGCCCGGUCUCAAAGACACGAACUUCCAGGUGGCCAAACUGAGGUUGGACGCAGUCAAGACCAUCGCAGAGCACUUCCCUGUGUCUAUCACUGCUCUAAGCGCUGUAGCGACAGAUGUGGCCGAGAAGCUGAGCGACACAAAGACCCAGGCGGCUGCUUGUGACGCUCUCACAGCAUUGGCGGAGGCUACCAAGCUGGAACAUGUGACAGUACAGGUGCUGGACUACGCCUUCACGCAGAAGAACCCCAAGGUGCAGGUGGAGGUGUUCAACUGGCUUACCACAGCUGUAAAGGAGUUUGGAUUCGGAUUCCAGCCGAAACUCAUCAUGGACAAUGUGAAGAAGGGGGUGACAGCCAUCAACCCUGCAGUGCGCAGUGCUGCCAUCACCUUUGCAGGUGUCUUGUCCAUGUACAUGGGCAGUCAACUCAUGCUGCAUUUUGAUGGGGAAAAACCAGCCCUGACGCAACAGAUAGCCGCAGAGUGUGACAAGCAUGCUAAUGAGACGCCACCAAUUGCAACGCGAGGGGCCAAGAAGAAUGAGCCAGUAGUGGAGACGAGACGCAACAGCGUGGACACAGUGCUGAGUGCGGCUGCGGAGGAGGAAGAAGAACCAGCAGCUGCGGAAGUGACAGGUCCUGUGCGACGAGUGGACAUCUCGCCCUUCCUCAACGAAGCCUUCAUCAACGAGCUGCAGGACAAGAACUGGAAGGUGAGAGCAGAGGCAGUACAGAAGAUGCAGAACAUGGUGACAGACAGCAAGGUGAUCUACCCCAGUCUAGGGGAGUGUCCACCAGUGUUGGCCGCUAGACUGGUAGACUCCAACACCAAGAUAGCUGCAGCAGCCAUCGCGCUGUGUCAGAGCAUUGCUGUAGCCAUGGGGCCGGACUGUAGACAACACAUACGAGCGUUCCUGCCAAACUUCCUCGUCGGCAUGGGCGACACCAAGACGUGGAUCAGAACCGCAGCCAUAUCUUGUGUCAACACGUGGGGAGACCAGUGCGGCUACAGGGAGCUGUUUGACGGAGAGAUGAUCGCUGAUGCCCUCAAAUCCGGUUCACCGGCACUGAGAAGUGAAUUGUGGGGCUGGCUCGCCGAGAAGCUUCCCAACAUCAAGUCAGUGCCGAAGGAGGAGAUGACAGCGUGUAUACCCGUGUUGUUGAACAACCUGGAGGACCGCAACGCAGACGUACGCAAGAACGCGGCUGAGGCUGUGCUAGGAGUGAUGAUGCACACUGGCUAUGGGCCGUUGUCCAACGCUUGUGACAAACUCAAGCCUGGAUCCCAAGGACCUGUAAAAGCCAUUCUGGAGAAGACGAGAGGCAACUUACCUGAAAAACCUGUCCAGAAAUCAAAGUCCGCCUCCAACAUCCCUGCGGACAAGAGCAAAGCGAACGCCAAGAUGGGUCCAGGAUCUACCGCCACGUUUGUCAAGUCUAAACCUAAGGCGGGGGCUGCGUCUGCUGUGGCCAAGCCAACGGGGCGCAAGAAGGAGACGGAGGAAGACACUUCCCCUCUCAUGGUCAACAACGGACUGAAGAAUCAGCGGGCGCUAGACGAACAGAAACUCAAGACGCUCAAGUGGAACUUCACCACUCCGAGGGAGGAGUUUGUGGAGCUGUUGAAGGACCAGAUGCUCGCUGCGGGGGUCAACAAAGGACUCAUAACUAACAUGUUCCAUGUGGACUUCAAGUAUCAUCUGCGAGCGAUCGACAUGCUCAGCGAGGACUUGUCGGCCAACUUGGAAGCGCAGAGAGCCAACCUGGACUUGAUCCUCAAGUGGUUGACCAUCCGGUUCUUCGACACAAACCCCUCGGUGAUCUUGCGAGGUCUGGAGUAUCUACAACUACUGUUUGUCAACCUGUACAACGACGGGUACAGCAUGAUCGACAACGAGGUCUCGUCGUUUGUACCGUAUCUGCUUAUCAAGAUUGGAGACCCGAAGGACGCAGUUCGUAACAGCGUCAAGAUCAUUCUCCGUCAGAUGUGGCAACUGUCCACUGUGCAGAAGCUGUUCCCGUACCUCAUGGAGGGAAUACGCUCCAAGAACGCAAGGCAGAGAGCUGAGUGUUUGGAGCACAUCAGCUUGAUGAUAGACCAGAACGGAUUGUCUGCUUGUGUGCCAAGCGCGUCUGUCGCACUCAAGGAGAUCGCUAAGCAGAUCUCUGACAGAGACAACUCCGUGCGCAGUGCUGCGCUUAAUUGCAUCGUGACUGCUUACUACUACGACGAGAGGGCACUCAAGAUGGUGGGACAUAUAUCGGACAAGGAAAUGUCACUACUGGAGGAGCGCAUCAAACGAGCGUCAAAGAAUCGUCCGGUGGCUAACGUGAAGCCACUACCGCAGGCCCCGCCAGCCAGAGCACCUCCCAGGGAGCCUUCACCUGCGCCUGCGUACGAUGAGCCUGAGGAGGAGGAAGAAGAAGUCCUUCCUCCGCCACUACCAACUAUCCAGAGUCCACCUACAGUCGUUGUGAGUCGGUUCUCUCCCUCGGUGGCUACGGAACCGCAAGAUUACGAGGAAUACCCGAGUUUCGAGAAUUCUCAGGACCAGAGGCACCAUUACAAGAUUCACGACAGCUACGAACUGAUGAACAUUCACGAAGAGAACGGUACCGUAACUGAGAACGGAUACGAUUACAACGGUGUUGAUGUCGAGGAGCCUCGUCCAGUGUCGGGACCUUACGGACUUGACCAGGCGCUACUACAAGACAUAGAAACACAACCCGUCGUCUGCACUCAGCCGAAGCUGAUAGAGUUCGACCUUCACUUCCUCAGGGAGCCCAGCACUAUCAUCAACCCGGCCCCAAAGUUAGAUCACAGUCUCAGCAUGUCUCCGUUGUCUAGAAUGCCCAACAGUAUGACACUGGAGUGGCAUCUGACGCAGAUAGGCAACAGGGACCUUGACAGAGCUCUGGACGCCCUGGCUCACAUAGAGUCUCUACUCAUAAGUGACCAGCACACGCAGUUGUACCAACACGAGGAUCUUCUGGUGAAUCAGCUGGUCAGGCAGCUGGAGUUCCUAAACCAAUCCAACCAUCCAGAGGUCGUCAACUGCUACAAACGCAAUCUGGCGCUCUUCCUCAAGUUUCUCAACAACCAUUCAGAGCUGAGCCGUAACGUGAGGGAGUCUACGGUGCGGGAGGCGCUGAGGACGUUGAUCAUGUUGCUGACUGAGAAGAGGCUGGAGUUUCUGGACCCUGGCACGGACAUGUUUGUGAGGGUCGUGAACAACGUCAUCAUCCGAGUGCUGGACAAGUCUGAGCAUACUGCCGUCAUAUGUGCUCUUAUCAAGAACCUUUACGACACGGUGAACAACCCGGUGUUCAGCACACACUAUCAAGAGUUGCUGAUGAAGUGUAUUUGGAAAGUCAUCAAGUUCAUCGACAGCUGGGCCGAUGAGCUGCAGUACGACCUCAUCUUUACAGACAUUCACGCUUUUCUCAGGGAUUACCCAUCGUCCUGGUGGAAGAAACAGCCAAGCGACACUCCGCUGAGGACUAUCAAGACCAUCAUGCACACAAUUGUGAAAGUAAAAGGACCUGUCAUCGGCGAGAUCGUCAGGAAUGUACGAGGAGUCACACCGGACUCGGAGCUGUGGACAUACGUGCAAAAACUACUCAAGCACCUUAAGUGCACCAACGACGACCGGAAGGUGGAGCCUGUGAUGGUGGACAGCCAGCCAGACAAUCGGGACAGCCACAAGGGUAAACGGAUGUCCAAGAACUCCCACGACCUCCUCAGCGAGAUCUUCCGCAAGAUCGGCACCAAGGACGAAACCAACGAGGGUAUCCGCAUGCUGUAUGAAUUUAAACAGCAGUACCCGGAUGCGGACAUCAAUCCUUUCCUACAGAAGUCCUCGCAGUUCUUCCAAGACUACAUAGAGCGUGGUCUGAAGAGUAUAGAUGCGGAUAGGAGACUGGCCGGGGUGGACAAGGAGACGGGGAAAGUGGAGGUGGACGAUAAGGACUCGGGGGCGUACCUCCAGCGACUGAGGGUGUGGCAGGCCAAGGCCGGCUGGAACAACGCUCCUCCAGCCGCUACUCGUCCGUCCGCCACGCCUCUCUCACCUUCGCGGCAGGACCUAGACCUGGAGCCGCUACCUAUCCGUCAAUCUCAGCUGGAUACAAGUGGAGAAAGCAUAACCGCAGACGACACCGAAGUAGAAGCGUUGCGGAAACGACUCGAGAAAGUAAAAAGUUCCCUCACCAGGUGAAACAACUCGACGGAAUCUACGACGGAAUUUUGUACAUGAACAUUAAAUAUUGUCCGAUUGUUAACCUAUAUUUAUUUUAUGAUCGUAAUAUACAUGUAAAAUAGCUUUAUACAUUGAUAAUUCUCUGAGCUGUUUAACAAACUAGACUAACCCUGCUUCUUGAAGUGUUUAUAGGUUUCGGUUUUACUUGUUAUUCUAGUAAUGUAUGUUUUAAACAAAUCCUAAAUGUUAUUUCCUGGUACAAAUUGCGCUGUUGUGUUUAGUAAGAGAUUUAGAUCUGAAGAAUUUGUCUUAUUGUUAGAAAUAGAGCGAUAUUGUUACAAGAUGCAAUUUGAUUGAAAUUUAUGAUUCCACUUUGUGCAAUUUGAGUUUUGAUGUAAUCAUUCGUCAUAUGAAAACUUAAAAACUUCUUAAAACAAUAUUAUGAUCUCUGUAGUUUUUGAAAAUUUAUUGUUUAAGCUUUGGCAAUUUUUAUUUAGUUUGGAAUACUGAAUUGAAAGUCUGAUGGUGGCAUUCCAAAUUAAUUGAAUCUAGUCGUUUUAUCAUUGUAUGUUAAUUUUUUGUCUUUGUUAUAGUAUAUUAAUUACUUAUAUUAUUCUUUGCUUUGGGAAUAGCCAUGUGGCUGAUAAAGUAUUCGGAAAGGGACAGGGUUAAGUUAGCUCACCUCAUAAAAGUCUUAAGAUAGAAAUACAAAAAAUAUUUUGUGUUUUUUUUAUUUAUAUCCUUGGGCUGUUCACUUUUUCAGGAAAUCUAGCAAAACUCUGUCCUUCCCGUCCCCGAAAAGUCUCAGUUUUACUCAUUGACUAUAAAAUUUAUACAUUCUAAAACCUACAGCAUAAAGCUUAUAUAAUUUAAGGCUUAUAAACUAUAUAUUUACACUAUUACAGUACCUAUUGAAAUUCAUAAAUUAUUUCCAGUUAGGCUAUAUAAUGUUUACGUAAUGUUUUAUGUCUAAAUCUUUAAGGUGUAGUAUAAAAUUUUGUUAAUAUGUUUUAAAUAAAUUUGUUCUUUUGGAUCAAUGCAUCACAUUUUCUGCCAUGUUUUAAUAAAGGUUGGUGAAAAAGUUAAGGUUAAAUUUUGUGGAAAUCAACCCCUAGCAAGUACUAGAAAAAAAGUCGGCCAGUAAUAGCUAUGAAUUUUCUUCCCAUACAAACUGUUUUUUGUUCGUUCAUCAUCAGUUUGUUGUUUGUUGUUUAUCGAGCAUAUUAGUAGUUUGGUUAUCUAAACAUUGCACUAUCAUAGACCACAUUGAUGUGCCAACUGAUGUAGGCUAAAUGUUUCAUUGUAAAUUGUAUAGUUUAUCCAAUUGUAUAAUUGUUAUAAUGUGGCAAUACCCUCAAAUAUGUUUCCCAUUGUUAAAUAAAUGCUUUGUCUUCAUGACCGGUGCUAGAUAUUGAGCUUGAGGAGGAAGUUUUUUUGUCGUAGGACGCUAUGCUCUAUCCUGUGAUUGUUUUUCACAUUGCUACAGGCUAGGCCUAGUGGGUGUGGUAUUAUCACUUUUAGAAAUUCUUCGGUGAUUUGGCGGGAUUUGAACUCGGGAUUUUAGGUACGAAGUCCCGCUCUCUACCACUAGACUAGCUCGCUCCCCAAUGUAGGAUACAACGUUUUUUUUUAUAUUUUGCUUCACAACAAAUAAUCAAAAGUAUAUUUUUGUUUGUAGUAUAAAUGAAAACCUUGACGUUUCGUUGGUUUUUCUAAAGGGAAUGUUCAACUGAAUUAACUGAGAAAAUCAGGGUACAUAAAAAGUGACUUAAAUCAUCGCUGAUAUUCAGUCCUAGUGUAGGACUUCGACAAAUUCUACUUUACUAAAUAAGUAGUGUAAAUUUCUAUGUGAAUCGAUAAAUGUAAAUUUUCUGGAGUAAACUAGUUUAACUAUAUUAAUUUCAUAAAAAAAGUACAUUGUUUACAUUUUCUUUUAGAAAAUUUUGAUUGUUACUUUGGAAGACUUGCAGUUCUCUGUGAGAGUUUAUUAUAUUCUAAAAUUUCUUGUCAUUUGUGUUAUUAGCAGACAUUACAAAACAGCUGUUAUAAACUUAUUCUCUCUGCUGUAUUAGAAUCUACUAGAGAACCCGUGCGGCUCGAUGAGCCGCAUAGUAUGAAACGCCGAGGAAAACGUUAUCCUUAAAUUCGAGUUGAGUUGUUUAAACACUUGUUAGAGACUAAUUUUAAAUAUCUCUAUUUGCGUCGUCAAGGUUCACCUACUUUAUUUCUGCUCUCAGUUUUAACUGACAACUUCUAAUGAAUGGUAAAUGAUCUGCUUCAAUUCGAGAGUUGGUUAACGUAUUUUAACGUGUUGUCUGUCAGUCACAGUAACUUAUAUGCCCCACAUCAGAACGUUCUCACGUUGUUCAGUGGAGUUUCCUCCUAUCCCAAAGUUUUGGAAGUAUGGAUUCAUUUGUCGAAAUAGGUUGGAUAACUCUUGUAGCUAUAAGAUUUGGAUACAAAUUUCAUUUGAUCUUUUUGAACAGCGUAUAUUAUUUGCCUCUCCUGAAUAAUAAAAAUAAACUUGACCGUAACUAUACUCGUUGAAUAAGUUACAUAAACACUAAUUCCUUCACUUAUGUUUUGUCUAAUAUUGAAACUUAAACUUUUAAUAGCAAAUGAGUUUUUGGAACUUCUUAAUUUUUACUUGAAAUGUCUGGAAUGUGUUGGUGAAUUCAGUCAAACCAGGCCUCUCAUUUACUACUCUCCUCAUACGCAUAAGAUAUCAUAUUACUAAUUGUCUCAUCCUCCCGUUUUCAAUAUUUCUUCUUUGAACAUAAGGCAUUUUCUAUUCUUCCAACAACAUUGUUUAACUGUUUUACCUACUGAAUAUUACAAACAUUAAUAUUUACUCCCAAAAAGCUAAUAAGUUACGUUUUAUAAACAGCUGUUUUUUGUUUUUAAAAUUGUUCUAUGCAUUUCUUAUGGAGAAAACCCGACCUUUGAGAGAGCCCUACGCCCUUAGGAGUAGGAAUUUAAAAAUUAUAAAACCUUAUUGCAAAACCACAUAUUGAGACGAAUCUUUUGACACCUUAAACGUUGAAAUUGGUCCACUAAUAAGGGAGGAGUUGCGUUAACAAAAAACGGCUUCACGUAUUAUAUAUAUAGAUACUUUGUAAAAUUACCAAAAACAAGUAUGUUUUAGCGAAUUUCCCUAGAGGGAAGUAUCUAUUACCGUAGGUCUCAUGGUAAGACCUAAGCCCGGGACCGAUUUACUUUUUCAUUUUGAUGUCCCCAGAGGCCAAAAACACCAUUCGUUCAAAUUUUUAUAUAUCUAUAUAUAGAUAUAUAUAUAUAUAUAUAUGUGUCCAUCCGCACGAUAACUUGAGUAAUUUUUGUCCGAUUUUGAUAAAAUUUGGUUUGAAGGUGUAAGGCGGGAUAAACUUGAAUGAGUUCGCGAACCAGCAUGAUCGGACUAUGGGAACGGGGGUUUAUGGGGGGUUUUAUGGGGUAAAAAUAGGUUUUUCCCAUUUUUGACCCUAAAACACAAAAUUUCACAAUUUCUUUUUAAACCAUUUUGUAGAGCUUAAAAAAAACAAAUAAUUUAGUAUAUUGAAGCGUUAUUAUGCGCCUAAUUGUUAUGGAGAAAAUUCAAAAAAAUUGUAAUUUUAAAAUUCCCAUGUUAUUCUUAUGGAGAAUAAGUCAACUGUUGUAGUUUGCUUGUUUAUGAACAUAUUUUGAUUGAUUUUGGAAAAUACUUUUAUUUCUUACUAAACUAUUAUCAUUUUAUAAAAAAAUCUUUUUUACCCUCCCUGUUGCAGCAAACCUAAGGUACUUGUUAAACUAAUUCUAUUUAAAUAGAAAAUAAAUGUGCUAUUUUUAUGGAGGCAUUUUAGUGUAAAUCCAAUCAGGUCAAUGGAAAUUCGCUUAGUCUGCAGGUUUGCUGCGGCGGGGGUAUUUUACUGUACUACAUCAGAAAACAAAUUAGUUAAAGGAUUUAACUUACAGUAUUUCAAUUUAGCUUUGUUUGGUAGUACUGUAUUAUCUUAUUUGUGGCACAUUUGUAUUUAAAUACUGUACUAAUAGUUUUGGGUGCUCUUAACAUCCACUAGGAAAAUUCUGAAUAAAGUCAUGACAUUAUUGUGAUUGUUAGCAUGUAUCGUUCUGUACCAAAAGUGCCGCAAAUGCACUUUCAUUAUUCCCUUUACUUUUCCUUUGUUUACCUUUUUGUGUAGCUUAAACAAUCUGCAGUCAAACCCCUCUAAAAUUACUUUUAGGUUAUUGCUAAGCUUGUUUCUAAUAGUUUUUAUUUGUGUAGUUAGAACUAAUAGUAAGACUUUUCCUAUUUUUCAAUAAAUUAUCGUUUUAAACUGAA